GCGUGCCGCCGGCGGACGGAGCGGCCCGGCCCGGCCCGGCCCCUCAGGGCGGCGAUGGCGGCCGCCGGCGGCGGCUCGGGUCCGCCCGCGGAGACGCCCGCCGCUGCCGCCGCCGCCGCCGCUGCCGCCGCCGCCGUUGCCGCGGAGGCCGGCGCGGUGCUGCAGCGGGAGCCGCUGUACAACUGGCAGGCCACCAAGGGCUCGCUGCGAGAGCGCUUCGCCUUCCUCUUCUCCAACGAGCUCCUCAGUGACGUUCACUUCGUGGUGGGCAAGGGCAGCCCCCGCGGCGGGAGCGGCGGGGCGCCCCCCGGGCCCGGCCAGCAGCGCAUCCCCGCCCACCGCUUCGUCCUGGCGGCCGGCAGCGCCGUCUUCGACGCGAUGUUCAACGGCGGCAUGGCCACCACCUCGGCCGAGAUCGAGCUGCCCGACGUGGAGCCCGCCGCCUUCCUAGCGCUCCUCAGGUUUCUUUAUUCAGAUGAAGUUCAAAUUGGUCCAGAAACAGUUAUGACUACUUUAUACACUGCUAAAAAGUAUGCAGUCCCAGCCCUGGAAGCACAUUGUGUGGAUUUUCUAACGAAGCACCUCCGAGCAGAUAAUGCCUUUAUGCUGCUUACUCAAGCUCGUUUGUUUGAUGAACCUCAGCUUGCUAGUCUUUGUCUUGACACAAUAGACAAAAGUACUAUGGAUGCAAUAAGUGCAGAAGGCUUUACUGAUAUCGAUAUAGACACAUUAUGUGCAGUUCUAGAAAGAGAUACACUUAGUAUUCGAGAAAGUAGACUCUUUGGAGCUGUUGUUCGUUGGGCAGAAGCAGAAUGUCAAAGACAGCAAUUGCCUGUGACAUUUGGAAACAAACAAAAAGUCCUUGGAAGAGCUCUUUCCUUAAUCCGUUUUCCAUUAAUGACUAUUGAAGAGUUUGCAGCAGGUCCUGCUCAGUCUGGAAUUUUGUCAGAUCGGGAAGUAGUAAAUCUCUUCCUGCAUUUUACUGUCAAUCCUAAACCUAAAGUAGAUUAUAUUGACCGACCAAGAUGUUGCCUAAGAGGAAAAGAAUGCAGUAUUAACAGGUUCCAGCAAGUGGAGAGUCGCUGGGGCUACAGUGGAACAAGUGAUCGGAUUAGGUUCACAGUUAAUAGAAGAAUUUCUAUAGUGGGAUUUGGAUUAUAUGGAUCUAUUCAUGGACCCACAGACUAUCAAGUUAAUAUACAGAUAAUCGAUUAUGAGAAGAAUCAAACGCUAGGACAAAACGAUACUGGAUUUAGUUGUGAUGGAACAGCUAGUACGUUCAGAGUUAUGUUCAAAGAACCUAUAGAGAUUUUGCCAACGGUUUGCUACACAGCUUGUGCAACACUGAAAGGUCCUGACUCCCACUACGGAACAAAAGGUUUGAAAAAAGUGAUCCACGAAUCUCCUACUGCUAGCAAAACAUGCUUUGUUUUUUAUAGCUCACCAGGUAACAAUAACGGUACCUCAAUAGAAGAUGGACAGAUACCAGAAAUAAUAUUUUAUACAUAAUUUCAUAUGAUCAUCUCGAAUGUGUCAGCGCAUCAGUGGACUUCAGCUCACUAUUGGCGGCAGUUAAAAAAUUAUGUGAAAUUACAUGAAUGUGUGAAAACAAAACUAAUUUGUUUGAGAGGUACCAGAAAAGCUAUUUUCUCUGCAUUGUUAAAGGCAGAAUGUAAUUUAGCUUUUCCUCUUAACAAAACAUCAAGUGGAGUAAGUACGCUGUAUAUUGAAAAGAUUGUUUUAAAUAGUAAUUUGUGAUUAAUUGCUUUGUACUUUCACCCCUUCAUUUCUCUUGUAUUAAAAUUAAUUUUUUUGAACUGGAACAUCAUCCUUACUCAUUAGGAGCUUUUUGUGUACGUUUUCCCUAACCUGUCCUAAAAAGACAGUAAAGCUGCUGCUGUAGUCCCAGCUUACACUUCUUUCCAACGUGACCUCCCACAGACCCUAUGGACAGGACUUGCCUACUAUAUUUUUUGAAGUGCAUCGGCAAAGCUGGAUUCAUAUUGCUACCGUCUUGACUUUUUGGAUAAGCCAUGGAGAAUUAAUGGACUUAGCGCUGCAGACGGCAUCUGCAGCUGCACUGAAGAGAUACUAAGUUAAAUUCAGCAGCAAUAAACAGAUCUUUCCAGAAUCUCUCUUAAUUCAGAAGGGCUGUUUUGGAACAUAGAGCUGGUUAUGGAAAUAGCCACUGUAUAUACAUAUGUGCCUAUAAGAAAAUGUAUAAUGAGAAUACAAGACUUGUAAUGAUGUUAUUUUAUCAUUGGGCAUUCUAAUACUAAAAUAUUAGUAUGAAUUAAGGAUUAUUUUGUGCAUAGCUUUACAGAUUGCAUACAAUGAUGUGAUGCAACCAUGUAUGUAUAGAGCAUUCAGCGACUUGCAAUGUGUACGGUGUCGCAGUAGAACGUCUUCACCUACAAAA